UCAGAGUGCACGUUCCUGAGAGAGGAACAGGAACCUACCAUGGAGCUUUGGCUGCAGAUCCUUCUGGCUUUGUUUAUCUCCGUACUCGGGGGCCUCUAUCUCCUCGGGGCUUUCCGCCGCAGGAGGCCCGGGGAACCUCCACUGGAUAAAGGGCCGCUCCCGUGGCUGGGGCACGUCCUGGAGUUCAGGAGAGACACAGCUAAGUUUCUGCAGAGGAUGAAGCAGAAGCACGGAGAUAUCUUCACUGUGCAGCUGGGCGGCUAUUACUUCACCUUCCUGACCGACCCGCUGUCCUUCGGAUCCGUGAUCAAAGAGGAGCGCGGCAAGCUGGACUUCAACGAGUUCGCGCGGCAUCUGGUGAAGCGCGUUUUCAGCUACUAUCCACUGUACGGCGAACACAAGCUGCUCCUGGCCUCCAGCAACAAGCACCUGAUGGGCGACGGGCUGGUGCUGAUGACCCAGGCCAUGAUGACCAACCUGCAGGACCUGAUGCUGCACAGCAUCGAGUCAAGCAAGGAAGACGCCGCCGCAGAGAGACCGUGGCAGGAAGACGAUCUGUUCCAGUACUGCUACAACAUCGUGUUCCGCGGCGGGUAUCUGGCGCUUUUCGGGAACGAGACUCCCGAGACGUCGGGGAGUCUGGACAAGGCCAAAGAGUUCGAUCGCAAUCAUUCAGAUGAGCUGUACUACAAGUUCCGGAAGUACGAUCAGCUCUUUCCUAAACUGGCGUACGGCAUCCUGGGUCCUUCUGAAAAAAUGGAGAUCGAGAGACUCAAGAGGCACUUCUGGAACCGGCUCUCGGUGCAGAACAUAAACACCAGGGAGAACAUCAGCGGAUGGGUGUCGGAUUCUCAGCAAACGAGAGCCGAACUGGGCAUGAAGGAGUCCAUGCUGGACAGGUACAUGUUCCUCCUCCUGUGGGCAUCCCAGGGUAACACGGGUCCGGCGUCCUUCUGGCUCCUGCUGUUCCUCAUGAAGCAUCCAGACGCCAUGAAGGCGGUGAAGGACGAAGUGGACUCGGUGCUGCGUCAAACCGGACAGGAGGUGAAGCGCGACGGUGAGCUUAUCAACCUCACCCGGGACAUGCUCCUCAAGACUCCGGUCCUGGACAGCGCGGUGGACGAGAGCCUCCGCCUGACCGCCGCGCCCGUCCUCACCCGCGGCGUCCUGGAAGACAUGAGCCUGAAAAUGGCGGACGGGAGCGAGUACAGAAUCCGCAAGGGUGACCGCGUUUCCAUGUUCCCCUACACGGCGGUUCAGAUGGACCCCGAGGUGCACCCCGAUCCUCACACCUUCAAGUACGACCGCUUCCUCACGCCCGAAGGCGGCCGGAAGACGGACUUCUACAAGGGUGGCAAGAAACUCAAGUACUACAACAUGCCGUGGGGCGCCGGCAUCUCCAUGUGCCCCGGGAGGUUUUUCGCCGUCAACGAGCUGAAGCAGUUCGUCUUCCUCAUGCUCAGCUACUUCGACUUCGAACUGAAGAACCCGGACGAGGAGAUCCCGGACAUCGACACCCAGCGCUGGGGGUUCGGAACCAUGCAUCCCACCAGAAAGCUCCGGUUCAGAUACAGACUCAGGGUGUAGAGCUCAGGUAGAGAUAUUCGUUAUCGUUUCACCAAACUCGAGCUCCGUGUUUAUCAUCAUUACUGGUUUUAAAAUAGAUCAUUCAUUACCCAUCAUUACUGGCUAACCUUCCUGGAACAUUGAUUACCCAGCAUUACUGGCUAACCUUCCUGGAACAUUGAUUACCCAGCAUUACUGGCUAAGCUUCCUGGAACAUUCUGUGCUUCUUCUUCUUGUUUCUUGUUUAUUAUUUGUGUAUGUUAAUAAAUUUUAAACCUAAAUCAAA